AUGGCCAUGUUCUUCGUUCCUUGUCUUCUUGCCAUCAUCAUGGCCACGACCUCGUUCGCCUGCAUCGAGCCCAAGGGAACAGUCCGCUGCCACUUUUUGCUCAAUUGCAAUGACGAUCUCAUCCCGAACAGUAUCAAAUGCGGCCUCGCUCUCCACGACGUCAAUCGACAGCAAGACAACCCCACCGCGCAAGAAUCCCUCGUCUUCGUGCCCAUCGAACUAGACCGCUCCGCGAUCGACGCCAUAUCCUCCUGCAACGCCCUUCCCCUGGAACCACUGCCCACACCUAGCGCGACCGGCGCCCGACCUUAUCCAAACGUCUACACCGGCCCUCAGUCUCAGCCUCAGCCUCAACCUCACCGUGGCCCUACCCGCAGCCCAAACAAGAGAGAUACCCGUCCAUCCGCACGAGAUUCCAAGCCCAAGGCCAAGUUCCAGUCCCAGGACGAAGUGGAAAAAAUACCUCCUCACGUAAAGGGUCUCGCCACCCUUCUCAUCUGCUCUCAACUUAUUCUCUGCGUGCUGGCCCUUCUGCUUCUUCUUUACAUCGCCCGGCAGGAGUAUGUCUUCUUUUCUGCCAGAGCGGCCGCUCAUAUCAUCACCCGCGAGUUGGUUUUCUACGACGACGAGGAGGAGGAGAAGGAGGAAGAGAACAGAGAGCAUCAAGACAAUGGGAUCCUCAUCGCUGUCCCCGCAGACGUCCUCCCCUCCGCAACCGACGCCGACGCCGACGCCCUGCCCUCCUCACCCGCCGUAUCCACAAGAUGA